AACGCUUCAGUAACCAAUAAAGCUGGGGUUGUGUUUGUAUAGCAACCAAAUCCGGGCAUUUCCAUGUUCCUAGAUACCAGUUUGACACAUCCAGGGAAAAAUGUGUUUCGGGACCGGCUAAAACUAAACAAAGCAGCAAGUUGACUAAAAAGACUAGAUUACAAUGGACAUCACGAAGGGCAGUCUCGAUAGUAUCUCACGUCCUGCAUCCAGCGAGCGUUCUCGCCCUGGUAGCCGAGUUUCUAGUGCAUCGCUGCUAGAAAGAAGAGUCAACCACGCCAUCCCUGGGUCCUUGGUUGUUCUAAGCCCAGAUAUCCCAGAAAUGCAGGACCGAAUGAGCACGCCAGAAAAUGUCUGUUCCUCAAAGUCUUCUGAAGACCUGCCCCAAGGGCUGUUGGAUGUUGAACUGACUGAAGCAACCACUGCCCAAGCAGAGGACAUUGUGGAGUCAGCUCUGCCUGACAAUGCCUCCCCUGAUACUGAAUCUGACGAGGAAAACAAAGAUCCAGAGGUUCAGAAAGCCAUCCAUAAAAUGAGGAAGUUGGACAAAAUCCUGGCUCUGAGGAUCUCUAAGGAAAUAGACAUCAAAAGGCAAGGGAAGGAACUCCAUCAAAAACUAUGGGAAGAAUUACAGGAAUUGAAGCCUAAGGAGGCACUGGAACGUUCUGACGAAGCUGAAAAUACAAGACUGUUUUUGGCUCUGUCUUCCAGCACUUUUAGCUCCAGUGAUGAGGUGGAUUAUCCCCCGGUGUUCGAGACCCAGAUUCCAGACGAUCAGUGCGACAGGGAUGGCAGUUACAGGAGAGAAAGUGAAACGGACCGUAGUAAAACGGCAGAUUCCUCCAAAGUGGCACUCGAGGAGAGUGUGACAGAUCAGUCAGAGGGCAGACCGUGCGGAGUCGACAGGGGCAAGAAGAAACAAGACUUUGUGAAGAAAAACAUUGAGCUGGCGAGGGAUGCUGGGAGCCAGGUGCUAAUGACGGACGCGGAGAAGACGCGGCUGGCGGAGCUCCUCCAGGAUCUGGACAGUGGGGACGAGGGGGACCAGGCAGACCCCAAUCUGUUGGCUGUGCUGACAUCUACAGGCGAGGGCUACACCCCUGAGCCUGCUGAACUGGACCAGCUCCGUCAUAUUGACUCCAGACUGCAGCUUCUCCUUCCUGUGGAGGACUUCCUGUCCCUGCGCAGCAAAUACCCCGGCCACAGCUUGCCUGAGGGCCCCAGGGCUGGCUGGGACAGCGAAGGUGACAGAUUGCCAGGAGAGAAGGUUCUCCAGGACCUGAGGGUGACUCGAGAGCAGGAGACGCGGCUGAGGGAGAUAGAGCAGCAGCUGGAGCAGGACCAGGUCGGCACGAGAGCACUGCCAUUAAUGUGCAGAUGGUAUAUAAAUAUUAUCUCGCUAAAAUGCAACUCCAAAGGCUAUGUGCAUGUAUGGGUGUGCUCAUGCUCAUGUUUCCUGCGUGCAGUUACUGUACUUUUGUCCCCUGUGUCCGAUAAAGAAAAGCCCAUCAUUUGAGGUCAGUUCUCAGUUACGGUGUUGAUUUUAUGAUAUUGGACCUUGAGAAAUGACCGAAGGUUCAACCAAAUUCAACAGCUGCACUAACAUUAGAGUGACCUGCAUUUUCAGUUAAAUAAACCCUUGGCUGCGGCCGCUGCUUAGUCAGUCCAUUUGUCAUUUGCGUGCGAUGUACUUUUAAAAUGCAAAGGCCUGUCCAACAUUUUCAUCAUCUUCCUCCCUGUCUCAGUGGAAUGGCAAGUCUGGUCAGAGUUGAACUGUGUCUUUGAGGAGAGAACUUUGUACAAAAGAAGAAACAUAGUCAGCAGUUUUAGUGCAAUUUUACUGUAUUUUUGAAUUGGAAAUAUAGUACAUGCUUGCAUAAGCGACCUUGUGCUGUCCAUCUCUCCUCUCAUCCCAUCGAGGUCAGAUUUGCAGGCAUUUCUUGUACAUGGUUAAGAAUAAUUUUUUUAAUUGAUUGUGAUGCAAUCAUAAGUAACAUUUGUGGGGAU